AUAUACUCAAACGAAAAGUAGAUUUGCAUGCCAGCUAUUGAAUUGGGAAACGAGAAAUCCCAUAGUAAAAUCUCACCACACUCAUCAAAGGCUAUCUCAGAGUCUGAAAGCCUGUCUUAUCCACCAGGCUUUGGCCCAAUUCAAAUCAUGGACCAAGACACCCAUAAAAAUGUGGAGACCAUGGGCUACUCAUUAAGUUGCAAAAGUAAGGAAGAACAACAAAAGACUCUUCGGACUCAAAAAAUCAACCGAAGUAGCAAUGGCUCUAAAUUAGAAGAUGGUCCAGCUCAAAUAAGGAAAGAAGGAGCUACAGAUCUGAGGUUAGCUAGCGGAGACAGUGAGAGGAGAUGCAUGUACGAACAGGAAGAGGAGACACACAGCACUCAACCUUUUUGGGAAGGCCUAGCCAGCGAAGAUGAAAUUCUACAAUCAAGGACUGAAAGACUCGCUAGAAAAUUGAGGAAAAAAGGAAAGAAAAUCAAAAGGAAAACAAUUAUUGUAGCUAAAGAACUCCAGUGCAAACAGAGGAUCCAGAAGAAGCCUACAUCGCAAAGGGAGAAUGAACAGUCAAAACAGGACUUGGUUAACAAAGCAACCGUGGAUAUGAGAAAGAAGAGAAGCGAGAGACAGGUAGCAGAAGAAAUGCGGGCGAUAAGACAACGGUUGGGUUUGGUGGAAGAAAAUGACACAGAGGAAACUAUCAGAAGAUUAAUGGAGAUGGAAAGAAGGGAUAGAAUCAACAUAGCUCAGCAAGAAUUGAAAAAGAAAACAGAUGGGGAAGAAAAAGGGAAACGCAAGUUAUGGGAGGAACUAUUGUGCUUAAUCAAAGAAUACGGUGGAGGAUGUUGGUGCAUGGGGGGUGACUUUAACACAGUCAGAGGUACAGAUGAAAGAAAAGGUAGAAGCUAUGAUGCAACUGAGGCAAGAGAGUUCAACAAAUUCAUCGUAGAAGCUGGACUAGAAGAUAUUCCAAUGGCUGGAAGGAAAUACACCUGGUACAAGUCGGAUGGCUCAGCCAUGAGCAGGGACUUGAAGCAGUGGAACAAGGAAAUAUAUGGGAAUAUUGACAAAAACAUUGAGGCAGCUAGAGAGGUUAUCAAGACUAUAGAUGAGAAAGGGGAGACGACAGAUCUCACUGAAUUGGAAGUGGAGCAAAGAAAGGAAGGCUCCCACCAUUUAUGGGAAUGGCUUAAGGCAAAAGAUAGCCUAUUAUGCCAGAAAUCAAGACAAAAAUGGAUUAAGGAAGGGGAUGCAAACAGCAAGUUUUUUCAUGGGUGUGUGAUAAAAAAAAGGAGGCAAAAUGGAAUAGAUGGCCUGACAAUAAAUGGUGAAUGGAUAGAAGAUGCAGGAGCGGUUAAACACUUUAUUAAAGAAUUUUUUAGAAGAAAGUUUGAAGAAGAGCAGUGGAAUAGACCGGGGUUGGAAUUGAAUAAUCUUAGGCGGUUGAGCAUAGAGGAAAAUGCCAUGCUAAUUGCUACAUUCUCAGAGGAGGAAAUUCGUGAAGCUGUAAUGGAAGCAAGAGCCCUGCUCUUAGCUAACAGAAUGAGGUGCGUGAUGAAAUCUAUUAUCAAUCCAAAUCAGUCAGCCUUCAUAGAAGGCAGGCAAAUUGUAGAUGGCAUCAUCACCACUAAUGAACUGAUCCAUGAGACAAAGAAGAGGAGAAGGCCAACUCUAAUUUUCAAAGCUGAUUUUGAAAAGGCAUAUGAUAGUGUUAACUGGGAAUUCUUAGAUGUUAUGUUGGAUAAAUUGGGCUUCUGCUUAUUAUGGAGAACCUGGAUUCAAGAAUGCCUUGCUUCUGCAUCUGUCUCAAUACUUGUUAAUGGAAGCCCCACAGAGGAGUUCCAAAUGACAAAAGGCUUAAGGCAAGGUGACCCCUUAGCUCCAUUCCUAUUCCUGGUGGUGGCAGAGGCUCUUAAUGGCUUAAUAAACAAAGCAGUAGAGGAAGGACUGUUAGAAGCAGCUACAGUGGGCUCAGGGGUGGUGCAAAUUAGUCACUUACAGUUUACAGAUGAUACAUUGAUAUUCUGCAAGGCAUCCCCAGAUAAUGCUUGGGCGAUAAAGUGCAUAUUCAGGAGUUUUGAGUUAAUCUCAGGUUUAAAGGUGAACUUUUUUAAAAGCUCCCUAUCUGGCAUUCAUGUGAAUGAUGAGGAUCUGUCUGCUAUGGCUGAUAUGCUUAAUUGCAUGGUGGGAACAAUUCCUUUCAAAUACCUGGGUGUCCCAGUUGGAGCUAACUCAAGGAAGGUUUCCACUUGGUCUCCUAUUGUUGAAUGUUUAAGAAAGAGGUUAUCAUCUUGGCGGUGUGAGACUCUAUCCUUCGGUGGGCGUAUAAUUCUCCUUAAUGCUGUCCUCUCGAGUAUCCCGGUCUAUUACUUCUCAACACUAAAAGGACCCAAAAAGGUAAUUAAUCUUUUAUCCCUUAUUCAAAGAAGAUUUCUUUGGGGGGGUUGUGAGAAGAAAAAUAAGAUAGCUUGGGUGGGAUGGGACCACGUGUGUAGGACCAAAAAUGAGGGUGGCUUAGGGGUAAAGAAUUUAGGAACUUUUAACCUGGCACUUCUAGGAAAAUGGAGAUGGAGGUUAUUAGAGGAGAAAGAAGCUUUAUGGAGAAGGGUUGUAGAGGCAAAAUAUAAGGUGAAUAGGAAAAAUGUAUGGCUAGGAGACAAAUGGGAUGCUGAGUGUUCAGGAUGGUGGAAAGACAUAUGGCAGCUAGAUGUCGGACUAAGGGGGAGAGAAGGGUGGUUCAGGAAAGGAGUUAAGAAGGUGGUUGGGGAGGGUAACGACACACUGUUUUGGUAUGAUAGAUGGCUGGGGGAAUACCCACUUAAGGAUAAAUUCAAUAGACUAUUUAGGCUAUCAAUGAAGAAGGAUGCAAUAAUAUCUGAUAUGGGGGAGUGGAGAAAUGGCGAAUGGUGCUGGCAUUGGAGCUGGAGAAGAAACCUUUUUGCUUGGGAAAAUGCUCUUUUGCAGGAAUUAAAAGUGAUGUUGCAAGUGAGACAGUUGCAACAAGGACAAACCGAUCACUGGGUCUGGCAACACGACUCGAAAAGGAAAUAUUCGGUGAAAUCAGCAUACAAGAUCUUACAAGACAAUCUCAUUCCAGGAAAGAUUUGCAAUUUUAAGCUGAUAUGGAACAAAUGG